GAUCGAGUGCCUCUUCCUCGCAGCGGGUGCGGUUCCUGUACAGGGAGAUGUACGACCGGCAGGAGUUCCUUCGCUUUGACAGCGACUUCGGGAAACAUGUGGUCGUCACGGUGUUGGGGGAGGCAGAUGCGGAGAAUUUUAACAGCAAUAAACAGUUCAUGCAGCACCAGAAGGCCGCUGUGGAUCAUUUCUGUCGACACAACUACAAGGUGUUGAACUUCGAGGAGGCCAAGAGGGAGGAGCGCCUGAUCGGCCAGAGAACCAAGCCCACUGUCACCAUCUCCCCCACCAAGUUGGACCCCGCUUCCCUCAACACCAUCCUCCUCUGCACCGCCAGGGGCUUUUACCCCCUGGAGAUCGAGAUCCAGUGGCUGAAGAACGGGAAGCUGGAGGAGGAGGGCGUGGCCUUCGGGGAGGAGCUCCAGAAUGGAGACUGGACCUACCAGCUCCAGGUGAUGCUGGAGACCCAGCCCCAGCGGGGGGACAUCUACAAUUGCCAGGUGGGGCACAUCAGCCUGGAGGCCCCCAUCACUGUCCAGUGGGAGCCCCGUUCCUCCAGCUCUGCCAGGAGCAAACUCUGGACAGGGAUCAUGGGGGCUGUGAUUGGAGCGGUCUUCCUGGCUGUGGGGCUCUUCUCCUACCUGAAGAGCAAGAAAGCCCUCAUGGAUUAAUCCUGCUCUCUGAUGCAAAGGAUAUUUUAUUCUUUAGUAGCUGAUGAUUCUUUGUCCUGUUUGCAACCUGAGAAAUGGAGGUUG